AAUAAGAAGUGAAACAGAAGCAGUGAUCGUCAGAGUUAAUGUGUGACUGGCAGGUAGGUGGGUCUCAGAGAGCCGGGUGACAGGAUUAGAAGCUGUUAUACACAUUUCACAACUUGGGAGUUCAGAGCAUUGCAGUUGGUGUGCAUAUCUGUAAAAGCUGACAGCUUCACAAGAAGACCACAUAAGAGCAAGGAUGUCACACACAAUGGGCGGGAAUAGUUUCCCAGAGAUGAUCAUGCGGAAACGGGAUGGCGGUCAGCUGAGCGCAGAGGACAUCCACACCUUUGUAGGAGGAGUCAAAUCACGUACUAUUCAGGAUAGUCAAAUAGGUGCAAUGCUUAUGGCCAUUUGGCAGAAGAGCAUGGACAACAAGGAAACCAUGAUGUUGACAAAGGAGAUGAUGACAUCAGGUGAGGUUUUGCACUGGCCUGAGGAAUGGACUGGCCUUGUGGUGGAUAAACACUCGACGGGUGGAGUCGGGGACAAGGUCAGCAUUCCACUGGCCCCUGCUCUGGCAGCUUGUGGGUGCAAGGUCCCUAUGAUAAGUGGACGUGGACUGGCACACACUGGAGGCACACUAGACAAACUGGAGUCCAUCCCAGGGUUCAACAUCCACUUAUCAACAGAACGGGUGAAGCAGAUACUGCAGGAUGUAGGCUGUUUCAUUGUGGGUCAGACAGAGACUCUGGUACCUGCAGAUCGUGUCCUCUACGCUCACAGGGACAUCACUGCUACUGUAGACAGUGUCCCACUUAUCACCGCAUCAAUAAUGUCAAAGAAGGCAGCUGAGGGUCUAAAUGCACUUGUGUUGGAUGUGAAGUUUGGUAAGGCUGCUCUCUACAAAGACAUGGACAGCGCUCGAACACUUGCCCAGUCAAUGGUUGCAGUGGGAAACAGUUUGGGUAUAAAAACAGGGGCAGUGUUGAGCAGGAUGGAUGCUCCUAUUGGCCGAUGUGUGGGGAAUUCCUUAGAGAUAUAUGAAGCUUUGGAAUGCCUCAAAGGGCGUGGACCUGAUGACUUAAAUAACCUGAUUACAUCACUGGGUGGUUAUUUGCUGCAGAUGUGCGGGCGAGCAGCUACUCUGGAGGCUGGACAGAAAGCGAUCAGUGAGGUCCUGAUGAAUGGAAAGGCCUUGCAACAUUUCCAGGAAAUGCUGCAGGCCCAAGGGGUGACUGCAGAUAUAAGCCGAUCCCUCUGCUCAGAAAAGGCUGAAUACUUUAAUCACCUGAGGCGUGCAAAGCACCAAACAGAGCUUAAGGCACCGGAUGAUGGCACGGUUUUAGACAUAGAUGGUAUGACCAUUGCCGUGGUGCUGCACAAGUUAGGAGCAGGUCGCACCAAACCUGGGGAGCCGAUCAACCACAGUGUAGGAGCGGAGCUCCUGGUGGACUUGGGUCAACAGGUAAAGAAAGGUCAGUCCUGGAUCAGAAUCCAUCAUGACUGUGCAACAUUGAGCUCCCACCAGCACGCUGACCUGCAGGAGGCUUUGGUUAUUGGCAGUGGUGAAGGUUUUCAGAACAAUGCUCGAGUGGUAGAGUUCAUCCAACCAAUCUAAUGUCUCAUCUGAUACAGCUGUUUUUUCCCCUAAUCCGAGCACAGUGCACUUUUUCUGAUUCAUUUUACAUUUUUGAUACCGUAUACUCGCUAUACAGGUAGUUCCCGAGUUAAGAUGGUUCGACCUAUGAUAUUUUUAAUAUCACGAUAGUGAUACGACAAAAUUGUUCAAACAUUUUACUUUUCACGUGAUAGGCAAACAAAAAGCAGCAUAUAUGCAAUACGAUACGAUGGGACGAUGCCAGGAUGUACGCAUCUCCCACCUUUUGAGAUGCCUCAUCCUCGCCAGUGGUCAACUGAUGUACUGUAAUUUGUUGAAUUAUUAACAAAUGACAGUAUACUACCCCAUACUAAUCACUGAAGACUCCUGGGUAGGCUGGGCCAUGUCUCGACUUUCUCAAAGUUAUGAUUCGGUCAUUGGAACACAUCUCCAUUGUAAGUCGGGGACUACCUGUAUACACUCUUAAUUGUUUAUACAGUAGAACAGGUUGCAUAGGUAUCCACAGCCAUUACAAUUUUUCCUUUUAUUGUUACAAUCUGAAACAGAAAUGGACCUUAUACUAUAUUAACCUAAAAAACAAAUGUGGAAAAACAAUCUGUAUUUUUUUACAUGUCGAAAUUAAAAUGUACUGCUUGUACUUGCAUAUCUCUAUAGUAUGUAUCGGUAUCCACCUCAGGUGCUAAAUUCAGAUAUUCACCCCUUGAAUUUGGUGCAACCAGUUACCAGCAGAGCUGAAUGGAGCGUACCUGUGUGCAAUGCAAGUGACAUCAAGUGAUCUCAAACUGAAUAGACUUGAUCAUUACUACUAGUUUCAGGCUGAAACAUAAAAAAAUUCAUGAUAUAAGUUUUUUUUUUAUAAUUCAGUGAAAUUCCUUAAUUUUUAAGGAUUGAACCCAAUCAGUCUAAAAACAUAAAAAAAAAAAAGAAACAAUUCUGAUUUUAUGAUUUGUAUUUAGUUUCAUUUAACUAAAUGGAAAUUUAAAAACAGAGGAGUGGUUUCUGUAUAUUUUCUAAUCCAAUCGUUGUUGGGUCUCUGUUUGAUGAUGGCCUGAGGGUGUUUUAUCCUCUCACACAAACCAUAUACACACUUACUAUAACAGCGAACGGGGACUAAAUUUUAAAUAGGAUGUUCCAAAAGCACAUAAAAAUCUUAGGUGUCCACAAACUUCUAUUUAGUGUAUUUGUAUUGAGAAUUAUACUGGAGAAUGAUGAAUGAUUCUGUGAUGAAGGUUGUCUGUGCAAUGAUGACUACUGUCUGGGAUUAACUGUGGUGCUUUAUUUACCCUUUGUAUCUCUAAAAUUUGAGUAUUUAUCAUUUUUAACACUUAAUAUAUAUGUAUAUGAUGCAUUUAUUUUAGGUAACAUUUUCUUUAUUUUUCCAGGUGUAUUUUGUGGGAAGAAAGUAUAAGGGUUGAAUUUUUAUGAAGGGUAUACGGGUUUUUAUAUAUAUUCAUAUAUUUGCUUAAACUUGCAUGAAUAAUAACAGCAUGAGGACAUUAAGAGCAUUCGAAUAAUUUCCGUAAAUAAGUUUUUUGUCUGUACUCGGUAACAGGUUUGUAUUUGUGAUGUCGGUAUUCAAAAUUGACAUUAAUGAAAAUUAUAAUGAAAAUAAAGGGGAAAAAAUUCCAAAAGCA